UCUUUCUCUUACGUAUAUAUAUAUUCUUUGGUGUGCAGUCCAACUUCUUUCGCCACAUCUUUCUCUUCCGUUCCAUUCUCGAUCUAAAGCGUCUAAUAGGGAUUGUGAACAGUGGAGUGGCCCCCUUUGCUACUACUAUGGCGUUCCUCCGAUCCCACUCAAAUGCUUCCUCUGGAAUGGGUGUUGCUGAUGAUUGCAAGGAUAUAUUCUUAGAGCUUCAGAGGAAGAAGACACACAGAUAUGUGAUUUUCAAAAUCAAUGAGAAGCAAAAGGAGGUUAUUGUUGAAAAGAUUGGAGGUGCAACCGAGAGCUAUGAUGAUUUCGUGGCUUCUUUGCCUGAAAAUGAUUGCCGUUAUGCUGUCUAUGAUUUUGACUUUGUUACUGAAGAAAACUGUCAGAAAAGCAAGAUUUUCUUCAUUGCCUGGUCCCCUUCCAUUUCCCGAAUCCGAGCUAAGAUGCUGUACGCAGCUUCUAAGGAUCGAUUCAGGAGAGAGCUGGAUGGUGUUCACUAUGAGAUUCAGGCUACCGACCUGUCAGAGCUGGACCUUGAUAAUCUUAGGGAGCGGGCACAUUAGAGUGAAGGCUUAGGGUCAUGGGAGCCUCAUCAAAGGCCUGCUUGACAUCGUGCUCUCUGCCAAAUGCUCAUGGGUUGUGCAAUCUUCAGGUUAUGCUGCUUGAUUGUAUUAAUCAAGUGUCAUUGGACACUUGUACAUGGACAAUAUAGAAGGCUUGUAAACUGAUACAACCUCUGAAGGCAUGAUUGUAUGAUUACUAUUGUGGGUGUUUAUGUUCAUGUUCUACUUAUUUGUGUUUGUCAA